CUUUUCUCGGCUUGCUCAUAUCUUCUCGUCAUAUAUCCCCACGUAGUACACCUCCCGUCAGUAGGUCUUGUCCUUUCUGGGCUAUCAUUCACUUUCGUUCCAGUCAUCACCAGCACCGUACAUACUGCUGCAUGUCACUGCUGACUUGUGAUACACUCCCUCAAUCAUUUGUUGCGUAGUAUACUUUUCUCCUUAUCUCGUCUUCUUUCUCUUAUCAUUCGUCCACCAACCUGCAGUCAAAGACACUGUGAUAAGAAGAUAUCUGCUUUGUCCUCGUUACUAGUCUAUCGUCUAUCCUUAUCUUCGUCUGCCAAUCUACCACUUCGUCUGUUAGCAUCAAAAAAAGAAUAAAAACUCCACAGGUCGACCUUACAUAAUGACAGUCACUUCUAGAACGAAUGCCGGACCGUUGACCGUCCUCGUGUCAACGAGGGCGGUAAUCACUUUACCAGACGAUAGCCUCCUACUCACCCCGGCUACUAUAUCUAUCUCGCCGGCUACCGGAAAGAUCGUGGCUAUUAUACCUACUAUCCUGCCCAAGACGUCGUUUGCUCCGUCAACGACAUACAUCAACUAUGGCGCCAAACUCUUGAUCCCUGGACUUGUAGAUGCUCAUGUGCACCUUAACGAGCCAGGCCGAACGGAAUGGGAAGGGUUCAACACCGGUACUAGGGCGGCAGCUUCUGGCGGCGUGACUACCGUUAUCGACAUGCCGCUCAAUGCUAUCCCACCGACCACAACUUUGGCGGGGUUCAAGGAGAAGCUCAUUGCUAGCCAGGGCCAAUGUUGGGUUGAUGUGGGGUUCUACGGGGGUGUUAUCCCCGGAAAUGCGGAUGAGCUUCUUCCCCUAGUAGAGGCCGGUGUUCGCGGGUUUAAAGGCUUCCUAAUCGAGUCGGGUGUCGAAGAGUUCCCUGCCAUCUCUUCCAAUGACAUUGCACUUGCAAUGAAAACACUAAAUGGCACACCGACGACGCUCAUGUUCCAUGCCGAGAUGAUCCCUCCGAUUUCCGAUUCGGUUGGUGAUGCAGUACAAGCCUCCGAACCCCCCUUAGCACCACACGGCGACUUACAAUCGUACAAUACGUUUCUCGAGUCGCGACCUCCAUCCUUCGAAACUUAUGCAAUCGAUGAGAUUCUCUCCCUCGCGCAUCUGGCUCCAGGUCUGCACCUACAUAUCGUACACCUGUCUGCGACGCAAGCGAUCCCGAUCCUGAAGGCCGCCCGCAAGUCUGGAAUCGACAUUACGGCUGAGACAUGUUUCCAUUAUCUAGGGUUGGCGGCUGAGAGUGUCGAGGAUGGUGAUUGCAGAUACAAAUGCUGCCCACCAAUUCGUGAGCAGCUAAACCAAGACGGUCUUUGGGAAGAGCUCGCAGCACCGGAUUCGUGCAUUAAAACCAUCGUCUCCGACCAUUCGCCCUGUACCCCCGAGCUCAAGCUCCUCCCACCUCACCUCCAAACAAUCGAAGCCUCGCAUAUGCACCAUUCCGAUUCGGGUAUUGAUAUGACGGCUGACCUAGCUUAUGACGAUGGGGAGCAAACAAAGAUCGGGACGCAGGUUGCAAAAGGCGUUGGUGACUUCUUCGCCGCAUGGGGUGGCAUCUCGUCGGUCGGACUCGGCUUGCCCAUCCUUUACACGUCGGCUAAGGAGCGAGCGGCAGCUGGAAGCAAGGCAGCUCCGAGUAUCACCGACAUCGUGCGCUUAUGUUGCGCCGCGACGGCUAAGCAGGUCGGACUAUCUCAUCGCAAGGGGGCGCUCAAGGUCGGCAUGGACGCUGAUAUUUGCGUAUUCGAUGAUACCGAGGAGUGGACACUACACUCUGCCGGCAUGCAUUGGAAGAACCGCUGCUCGCCAUGGGAGGGCCGCCGGUUCGCGGGUCGUGUCAAAGAGACGUGGCUGAGGGGCAAGAAAGUCUUCGAACACGGAGGCAUCAAUGGUGGGUUCGUGACCGGGAAGCCGGUUGGUACAGCUAUUGUCGAGAAGAGGUUUGCUUAAGAGCUGUGCGGGGACCGAGGCCGGUGUUAAUGAGCUCAGCUAUGAGGCGAUGGGGAAGGAGGAAACUGAUCCUUAACCCUUAACAGGCUGAGCCGCGAUGAUUAUUGAUAGUAUGAUGACUUGAUGAUAUUGCAUGGUACCUUAGGUAGAUAGUAUAGG